UUUGUAUUACUCCAUUUCACUUCAAUUAAACGUAUUUAUCACCAUUUAUUUUAAUUUCACUAUAAACCCUAAAUAUCUAAAACUAGGGGACCUAACGGCUUGGACCUCGCAGGCUGAGUGGGGCGGAAAGAAAUGGGUUGGAAAAUGGAAUGGGCAGGAAGGGAAAAGCACAUGGGAGGAAUACCGAGGAAGAUGGUGUUCUUGGCGGUGGGGGCAUUCGCCAAGGCGGCAGCCACUCUUCUCAACACCACCUCCGUUCAUAAUGCUCAUACCCUCAUUCGUCUUGUCCGCUCUCGACCCCCUGGCGUACCACUUGUUACUGUUAGCAAUCACAUGUCUACCUUGGAUGAUCCACUUAUUUGGGGAUUCAAGGGUUUCCCAUCCUUGGAUGCCAAAUUGGCUCGCUGGGUACUUGCUGCAGAAGACAUUUGUUUUAAAAAUCCUCUCCUCACUUAUUUUUUUAGACUUGGCAAAUGCAUACCUAUUACAAGGGGUGCUGGAAUUUAUCAGGAACACAUGAAUGAAGCUCUUCAGUGCUUAAACAAUGGAGCUUGGCUACAUACAUUUCCUGAAGGUAAAGUAUCCCAAGAAGAUGCUCCUAUAAGACGACUAAAAUGGGGGACUGCUAGUCUAAUUGUUCGUGCCCAUGUGACUCCAAUUGUUCUUCCUAUGGUUCAUUGUGGUUUUGAACAGGUGAUGCCAGAGAAGUUUUAUCUUGGCAGAAGGCCUCCUUUUCCAUUAUGCAAUAAGAACAUCAAAAUUAUCAUUGGUGAACCUCUAGAAUUUGAUAUUCCUAAAAUGAGGCAGUUGGCAAUUUCAAUGUCUCGUGAUCUAUCAUUUACUUCUAGAGGAUGGCCUAUUAUUUCCCCUUAUGGAUUGGAUGAAGCAGCGCAGAGAUGCCUCUACUCAACUAUUUCAGGGCAAAUACAAACUGCUUUGGAGGGGUUGCGAAGUUUUGGUAAAAAUUUCUUAAAAUAGGUUAUUUAAACUAAACUUAAUUGUUUUUUUUUUUUUUUUAUAAAUUGAAUAUUAAAUUUAAAUGGGGAUGAAAAAACAAGCGGAUAGAAAUUAUGUAUUACUGUUUGUUACUCCUAAUUCCGUGCAUCUCUCCCAACUUUUGUUUUUGGUUUUUUUUUUUGUUUUUGUUUUUUUUGUUCAUGAUGGGGGGAUCACUCCCAACCUUUUCAUGUUUGUCAUUAAUGCCAAAAACUCUUUUAUUUCGACUCAAUCUUUUGUUGGUUUUUCAUAUUGCUCUUUUGUUAUAUUUGAUAAAAUAUAUAUCAAGUGAUGUAGCCAUUCAAAGUGGCAUUGAGAUCGAGAAAAAGAUUAAUUUCUUAUGAAAUCAUUAAAUUUUAAAAAAAUUAUUUAUUUGGAUAACUUAAAAAAGACGUUGGUAGAAGCUUAGAAACUCUUCUAUAGCUAAAAAUUUUUUGCCGUUCUCAUCAGGAAAAGUUUUAAAUUUUAUAACGUUUAUAGUUUUUUCGGGGUUAACAAAAGGGGCCGGUUUGUUGACAUUGUAUUAAAUUUAAAAUUAUUUUUUUCCUCUAAAGGGAAAAUGAAGAGCCGGCAAGGAAUGGCCGGCUAAUAUUUUGCAAUCCCAUGAAUUGUUCAGUUUUGUAUGCACCCUUUUGAUCUUUAUGUGGCACGAGUGGAAGACGAAGGAAGCUUGUCUGUUUGUCAUGAUCGAGGAGGCUUCCUUCAUUACUUGCAGCCUGUCCUGCUUUUGUCCUUCUCACCCACGACAUGUGCCAGCUGCCAAGCUCAUGUCUACGCUACGUUCUCUUUGUCGUGUGCGUCCAG